AUGGCAGACAAGAAACGAGCCGUCGACUCAGACAAAGUCUGGACAACCCUCAUCACCAACCUCGCCUACCUCCCCGGCCUCCUCACCCUCAACCACUCCCUCCGCGCCGCAGGCUCAAAAUACCCCCUCGUCGCCCUCUACACAGACUCCUUCCCCCAAGCCGGCCACGACGCCCUCAAGCGCCGCGGCAUCCCCUCCCAGCGCAUCGACUACAUCCUCCCCACCAACGGUAAAGACUACUCCAACGACCCGCGCUUCUACGACUGCUGGAGCAAGCUCGUGCCCUUCUCUUUAACUCAAUACUCCCGCAUCGUUCAGCUCGACUCCGACAUGCUCGUCCUCCGCAACAUGGACGAACUCAUGGACCUCCCCCUCGACGACCCCCAAAUCCACGAGUCCGGCGACAACACAUCUUCUUCCUCCAAGCGCGUCUUCGCCGCCGGCCACGCCUGCGUCUGCAACCCCCUCCGCAAACCUCACUACCCCAAAAACUGGAUCCCCCAAAACUGCGCCUUCACAAGCCAGCACUCAGACCCCGAUACCGCCCAAACAACCGGCGCAGACCCUGCCGUCGGGCCCCUGGGCUUCAUGAACGGCGGCCUGCAGGUCGUCAACCCGUCCGCCGCGCUCUACGACCAGAUCCUCGCCCACAUGGAGGCCGACGCCGUCAACAUGGACUUCGCCGACCAGUCGCUACUAUCUGACCUGUACCGCGGCCGCUGGGUCCCGCUGCCUUACACGUAUAAUGCGCUCAAGACGCUGCGCUGGGAGGGCGUGCACGCCCAGAUUUGGAGGGACGACGAGGUGAAGAACAUUCACUACAUUUUGAGCCCUAAACCGUGGGAUGAGAUCAACGAUGAGGGCGAGUGGACGGGGACUGAAGAGUCCCAUAAGUGGUGGAUAGAUACUAAUAAGAAGAGGAAAGCCGCUGAGAAGGAGGCUGGCAUUGAUGAUGAAUUUUGA